CAUGAAGGUUGGCGUAUAGAGUCGUACGUACUUCCCUAAUGGCUAGCUGGGGAGCACUUGUUUACUUGCAGUUCCACUUCUGCUUCUCAGGCCUGCAAUAAGACUCGAGAGACGUAAAUAUCAAACUGACCCCCUCGCUCGGCUUUACUUCAGCUUUUCAUCGACAAAUGUAGGACGAAGAUACGACGCCAGAGGAUUUCAUAAAUAGCGAGUCACUAUUGGCGUGUUGUAGUCGGCCAAUUUCAACCACAACAAUGUUGACUGACGACAGGUGGGCUCCCAUCAACAGGAAGUCUUUUCAAGGAUGGACAACAGUGAAGUAAAGCUAACACUGAGCAGAGAUGACCGUGCAGGUAAACCGGUCAACAUCCAAACUCCAGUGGGGGACAGUCGGUUGAAAGUGCCCCCACUCAGUGUUAGCAACUCUCCAGCCUCUGUUAUUCUCCCUUCCAGUCAAUUAAUGCAGCCUGGACAGUCUAACGGCCUCAACAGCAGCCCUGCGCCAGUGGAAGUGACAUCCUCUUCUAUCACUGCCAGCGUUGUGGCGUUGCAGGAAGAUCCCCAACCUAAGGGCUUGACCAAAGAUCAGAAGUUGCUUUCAUCUAGUCGCCUAAACUUCGAGGAGAAGUUGCCACAGUCAGGAGGCAGAAUAGCACACCUAAGCCCGUCUUCCAUGGAUUCCCUUAUCGGAGGAUCCGAUCCUAGCUUUUUCACCAUGAAAACGGAAGAUUUCUCUUUGGAUAAAGUAGGUCACGAGUCUCACGACCCUAUUGACCUUGAUCCUGCCUUUGAGCACAUUGGCAAAGACAUAGACAUGAACCAGAAGUUAUUCAGCGAUAACACGAUGGAUCUGCUCAGUGACUUUGAGCUCAACGGCUCUCCUUCGGAUUUUUAUGUCGGGGACGACGCUUUCCUGUCCACUUUAGCAGAUGAUGCUCUGCUUGCAGAUGUCACCCAGGAGAAGGAAAUCAAGCCCGUUACGGCUGAGAACGCUAACAGCAGCGGCCCGCUCGCUUUCAAUGGCAGCAACAUCAUCACCAGUCCCGAACAGUCCAGCUCAAGUAUUUCCACAAAUGUAGCGCCAAGCCCCAUUUUGAUUAAGCAAGAAAAAGACAGCAGCUUCAUUCAGCUCUGCACUCACGGUGUGAUUAAUCAAGAGAAGAUGUCCUACUGCCAGAUACGCAGUACCACAUCUCCAGACCUGCCCGCAUCCAGUCCCAUCUCCAUCUGUGGGGUGAGCACCUCGGGAGGUCAGAGCUUCCACUUUGGACUUGGCCCACAGCCACUUAAGGAUCAGAAAGUGGUCACCUGCCAGUAUGUUCCUGUUGCCACCGUUGGCGCACCCUGGAACCGAGGUCUGACUCCUGGGCCAGCUUCAGGCUUGAAUCAAGCCUCUGAGGCCUUCUCAGCCACUCCUACCUUUGCCAGCGGCUUUGCCAGCUCGACUUCCCGACCGGAAGGCGCCAUGGCACCGCCGUCAUCAACCCAGGGCAAGAGUGGCGCUCACAAAAUCUGCUUUGUGUGCUCUGACGAGGCUUCCGGGUUCCACUACGGUGUGCUCACGUGCGGGAGCUGCAAGGUCUUCUUCAAAAGAGCAGUAGAAGGCCAACAUAAUUACUUGUGCGCUGGAAGAAACGACUGCAUCAUCGAUAAAAUCCGCAGGAAAAACUGCCCAGCCUGCCGCUUCCGCAAGUGUCUGAUGGCGGGCAUGAACCUCGAAGCGCGCAAAACCAAGAAGAAUAACCGCCUCAAAGGUGCCCAGAAGAGCAACCCGCCCGAGCUGCUUCCCCCGAAGCCGGCCGAAACUCAGGCGAUCGUGCCCAAGUGUAUGCCGCUGCUGGCCCCCACAAUGCUGUCCCUUCUCAAGGCCAUCGAGCCGGACACCCUCUACGCGGGCUACGACAACACCCUCCCCGACACCCUCGCUCGCUUCCUCACCUCCCUCAACAGACUGGGCGGCCGGCAGCUCAUCUCGGCCGUCAAGUGGGCCAAGGCUUUGCCAGGUUUCCGGAACCUCCACCUCGACGACCAGAUGACCCUGCUCCAGUGCUCGUGGCUCUUCCUUAUGACUUUUAGCCUGGGCUGGAGGUCUUACCAGCAGUGUAACGGCAGCAUCCUCUUUUUUGCGCCGGACCUCAUCAUGAACGAGGAGAAAAUGCAGUUGCCCUACAUGGCCGAACAGUGCAAGCAAAUGAUGAGGAUUGGCAGCGAGUUUGUCCGGCUGCAGGUUUCCCACGACGAGUAUCUUUGCAUGAAGGUCCUGCUGCUUCUCAGCACGGUGCCAAAGGACGGCCUGAGGAGUCAGGCGGCUUUCGACGAGAUCCGGAUGUCAUACAUCAAGGAACUGGGGAAAGCCAUUGUGAAGCGAGAGGAGAACUCCAGCCAGAACUGGCAGCGUUUUUACCAGCUCACCAAGCUGCUGGACUCCAUGCAUGAGAUGGUCGGCGGGCUUCUCAACUUCUGCUUUUACACCUUUGUGAAUAAAUCGCUGAGUGUGGAGUUCCCGGAAAUGCUGGCCGAGAUCAUCAGCCACCAGCUUCCCAAAGUCAAGGCCGGGGGCGUCAAAGCUCUCCUUUUCCACCAGAAAUGA